UCCUCUCAAGCACAGGUAGAGUACAGAGACUGUCCACUCGUCCCUCCCACUCUACCCUACUCCAUGCACGAGAUGGGCAGUCAAAGGCUCCUGCUCCUCCUGGCUCUACUCCUCCUGACGAUGCUCGCGGCGGUGGUCGCCGGAGAAGGCGACGGCGUGUCUGCAACCGGCACGGACGGAGCGAAUGCCACCACCGGCGCGGGGCCACCCGCCGGCGGGACGCUCGACGUGCGGGCGAGGAAAUGGUGGCGGUUCCCGGCGACGGAAGGCCUCGUCACGGGCAGCGAGCGGAGGGUGCCCAACUCGUCGGACCCCCUCCACAAUCGCUGAUGCCAUUGGGGCAAGCAUUCCUUCGUUCGUGCUGCUUCAACUUCUGUUGGUACUUGGUAGCUACUUCUGGUCUGAUGCUUUUAGGCUGCAGAAUGUGGCUUAGUGAUCAGAGUUCAGAGAAUUGAAAUGGUUAUACAAGUAAGUGUAGCUGAUUUUUGUUUGGCUGGUUUGCCAGCUCGAGAGCUUGUUGUAAUCACAAAUUCAUCGGCAGUUUGCACCAUGUGUAUAUAAGUUUCCUUCGAUUUGUCUAUGGUUGAAUCAUCUGAAGUGAGUGCAGUUCAUAGAGGAGUUCAGGAUGAUUGAUUGUAUCAUAUGAAGUGCGUGCAGUUCAUAGAUGAGAUCAGGAUGAUUGAUUGUAUCAUCUGAAGU